AUGAAAUAUAAACUCACAGCAAUAUUAAAAAUUCAUAACAGUUGGAUAAAAUCAUUAGAUAUAGAUCCUUAUGAUGCUCUCCUUGCAUCUUCGUCUAUGGACGGAACAACAAGAAUCGUGGACAUAGGGACAAAGCAGCUUUUAGCCACUAUUCCUCUGAAAAGUGUCUGUGAGGAGAUCAAGUUCAGCAAGAUUCAUCCGUAUACUUUUUGCGCCUUACUCGAUGGAUUGAUUAAGUGUUAUGAUCUUGUCGACAGGGAAUUUAUAAGAGAGUAUUACGGGCACAUGUCUUCUGUUCUAUGUCUAGAUACAUACGAUAGAAGGAUCUUCAGUGGAUCUUCCGAUUGUACUGUGCGAGUUUGGGACAUUAGAGCCAGAAACGAUGUAUCUGUCAUGAAAGGACAUAGUCUUCCAGUUACUCAUGUCAUGUUCGACAACGGGUUUAUCUACAGUUGUUCUAUGGAUGGGAGCGUACGUCUCUGGGAUGAGAGAAGCAACAGCACUGCUAUCGCUGCUUUUCCUUCAAGUGUUACUUCUAUGUGUACAUGUGGAGGUUCGUUAUUUGUUUCGACUGGGAAGAAAGUAUUUGAAUGCAAAGAUGGUUCCUAUGAAAUCGGAUUGGGGCUAAACGCCCUGUCAUUGGGGAGCUAUAGCGACAGUCACUAUUUAGUCGGGAGUGAGAAGUGUAUUUUUAUAAAAUCUAGAAUGAAGGGAGGACCAGACUACCAGCUUGAAACAGCAGGACCAGCCAAUGUUCUAAAGACUACGGCUAACAAGGAGAAAAUAAUUAGUGGAGGAGUAGACAAAAACAUAGAGUUUUUGGAAAAAGAUCAACAUAUUUAG